AUGAAUGAGGGGGGGACGAACGGCAGGAGGGCGCGAGGAUGGUGCGUGGGGCGGGGCCCCCCCGCUGCAAAGGACAAGGACCCCCCGCACCCGCCGCGGUAUCCCUUCUGGGUGAAGUCCAUCUUCCACGCCAACGAGAUCCCCAGCGUCCGCCGCGGCUACGAGGUCUACCGCCAGGUCUGCGCCACCUGCCACUCCAUGAAACAGCUCCACUUCAGGCACCUCGUGAACCAGGUCCUGCCCGAGAAGCGCAUGAAGGAGAUCGCCGCAAGCUUUGACGUUGUCGACGGCCCCAACGACGAGGGCGAGAUGUUCACCCGCCCCGGCAUUCUCGUCGACGCGUUCCCCUCGCCGUACCCGAACGAGGAGGCGGCACGGUACGCGAACGGCGGCGCGCUGCCCCCCGACCUGUCGGUAUACACCACUGCGAAGCACGAGGGCCUGGACUACAUCUUCGCGCUGCUGAUGGGCUACCGGGACCCCCCCGCGGGCAUUCCCUGCCGCGACGGGCUGUACUACAACAUCUACUACCCGGGAGGCCUGAUCGCCAUGCCGCCCCCGAUCCACGCGGACGGCCUCGUGGACUACGAGGACGGCACGCCGGCCACCAAGUCCCAGAUGUGCAAGGACGUCGUGAACUUCUUGUGCUGGGCCUCGGAGCCUGGGCAUGACGACCGGAAGCUGAUGGGCCUCAAGGCGAUGUCCGCCUGCAUGGCAGGGGGCUCCGCCCCCCGUGGAACUCUCGUGCAGCGCGGUUCCCCGUGGGUGAACCCUGCGCGCUGGGCUGCCUGGGUGCCCCGCCGCGGCAGCUUCCGCCUCGUCUGCGGCCCGCGGGGGGCGAUACCCAUGGAGAGCGCGCCGGUGGCGGCCUGGUCGCCGAGGCGCCAGGGAGCUCAUGCGGCCGCCCUCGCCGCAGCCUUCGCCGCUGGGGCGCUGGCGCAGCGGGGGCUCCGGGGCGGCGCCGGCGCUGCCGUGCGGGGGGCGGCCUCUCGGCAGGUGGACCGAGCUGUGGGUGUAGAAGUGCUGCCCGGGGGCGUGAACCUCGCGCGGCAGGCACUCUGCGCCCUGGUGCGGGAGCAGUGCGUCGCAGUGUUCCACGAGGUCGACUACGACGGCUCCGGCACCCUGGAUUCUGCCGAGGUUCACGUGGCGGUGCUGCUGGUGUACGGGCGGCUGAACCAGAUGCUGGGCCGCGGCGCGCUGCCGGUGCCGAGCACGCGGCAGGUGAAGGCGAUGCUGGCCGAGGCCGACCGCGACGGUGAUGCGCUCUUGGACCUGAACGAAUUUAGGGAGCUGUUCGCCCGCAGGUUCAUGCGCCAGAUCGCCGCGCGAGCCGCCGCGCAUUUCGCGGUCAGGAGGGCGCUCGUGCCCGUGGUCGGCCUCCUGCUGGGCGCGCGCCUGGGCGAGGCCUCGAGGGAAGCGGAGCUGCAGGGCCUCGGCGGCACCGCGCGCAAGGUGGCGCGGUCCGUUGGGUCGGCCGUGGCGCCCGCUGUGGGCAUCCAGGCCUCCGCGCAGGUGGCCCGCUGGCUGCGCCUGGAGGCCGCCUUGCAGCGGUUGCUCGCGCCGGGCGAGGGCUCGCCGUGA